AUGUCACAAUUAUUUACCUUUUCCGAAAGUGACCAGUGUCCAGAUAAAUGUUACGAUAAAGGAGGUUUCGUGAAAGUCAAGGAUAUAGAAAACCAAGAAGUAAUUGAUCAGAAAAAUGUCGUACACAAAAUCAAUUUUGGGCAAGAUAGUGAGGAACAGGGUACUGAAAAAGCCUUUAACAAGCAGCAAGACCUUGUGAUGCAAGGAAAUCCCUAUAGCGAUACAAAAAUGGAUCAUGCCGAUAUAAUAGCACUAUCAGGAAUUGGUCCAAAUGUAAGCAAACAUUCUAUAAAGCGAUAUACCCUACGUAACUGGAGAAAACAUAACGAGAAGAUGUUAGAUUCUUCGGUAAUAUCUGACUCUCAUAUUUUAAACUAUAACGGUCAGACAACUAUCAAUGCAGCCUUUGGUAAUAUGGACCAAGCGCAACUCAAAGAUACUAAUCUACUAAUAAACAAUGCUAAAGGAUUAUACAAAUGGAAAGUAGAAGUUGAGCUAGCCUGUAAAGCAAUAGCCGAGGAAGUCAAAUUACUUGAAAUGGAGAAACAACGUGUAAGAGAUGCCUGUAGAGCGUUAUUAUUACCAGAAGCUAUAUCUAAAGAAUGCUCAGAAUUACGUUCGAGCAGGGCUGAAACAGAAUUAGUAGCUGAUUUAGCAGAGCGAGAACUAGAAAAGGAGAUGGAAUUAAUUUCUGAAGUGAGAGAAUUUUUCCGAUCUGCAUUAGGUAAAAUAGAUGAACAACUUUCAAUCGAUAAAGCAGCUAAACAUAGAAUAGAAUACGAAUGGUGCGAUAAAACUACGGCUUAUGCUAAUGAAGCAAACAAUUUGAGCUUUAGUAUUAAUUCAAAUACAAUUAUGUUUAAACAUGGAGCCGUAAAAUUUGGCCACGCUACAGCGCCUUUAUCGUAUUGGGAAUAUUUCUGCAGGAAUAACAUUAUAAAUGUUGAAGCUGUUCGCCAAACAUCCGAAGAUCUCCGAAGCACUGUAAACAGUCUUCUUGUGAACAAUGGAAAAAACUUACGUAAUCAAGCGGACAGAACUGAUAAAGCAUUUGCUGAGACUAUAGCUCUGACCUCUGAACUAGUAACAAAGCUGGAAGAACAUGUUAAAUACGUGUUACAGUCGCUAGCAGAGGUUGAAUUAUUGAUAAAACAUCUUCAAGACUGUAUAUUGAAAUCUGAUAGAGCUAUGAAAUUGGCGCAAACUAGAUUAGACAAUCGAAAUACCGGAAGGCCUCAUGGCGAAAAUGUGAGAGACAAGCCCCAUAUAGGUUUAUUAAAUGAGGUGAAAGUUAUUCAUGGAACUGCUGCGUCUCUUCUUGCACAAUUAAAGAAUGCUGAAAAAACUAGGAAGAAACUUAUGGCAAAGAGGUUAGAACUAGAGAAAGAGAUAGCAGCUAAAAGGAAGAGCCUAAGCAUUGAUAGAGAAAGAUGUGGAUUGAUUAGGUCUUAUUAUCCCACUGCUUCCGAGCUUUCUGGAUUGUAA